UAGGGGCCUGAGAAAGCAAUCACUGUAGGGAUUCCCUUGGCUCAGAUGGUCUCCAAGGUAGGCCUGGAUGACUAGAAAGAAGCUGGAAGAUGCUAACUAUGUUUUUUUUCUUUUGCAGGUACAGGCCCAGGCCCUGACUCCUUGAAGAGAGAUGAAGAAACCGAGAUUCAGAGAGGUUCAGACAUGUGCCCAAGGUCACAUAGCUAGUCUCACUUCCUGCUUCUCCUGCCUCCUCCCUGCACCAUGGCUCCAGGCCCCUUCUCCUCUGGGCUUCUCUCGCCACCGCCUGCUGCUCUCCCUUUCCUGCUGCUGCUCUGGGCAGGGGCAUCUCGCGGCCAGCCCUGCCCUGGUCGCUGCAUCUGCCAGAACGUGGCACCGACAUUGACCAUGCUGUGUGCCAAGACCGGCCUGCUCUUCGUACCGCCCGCCAUCGACAGGCGCGUAGUAGAGCUGCGGCUCACUGACAACUUCAUUGCGGCUGUCCGUCGUCGAGAUUUCGCCAACAUGACCAGCCUAGUCCACCUCACCCUGUCUCGCAACACUAUUGGUCAGGUGGCAGCCGGCGCCUUUGCUGACCUCCGUGCACUCCGGGCCCUGCACCUCGACAGCAACCGCCUGGCGGAGGUGCGUGGGGACCAGCUCCGAGGCUUGGGUAACCUCCGCCACUUGAUCCUCGGCAACAAUCAGAUCCGUAAGGUGGAGUCGGCAGCUUUUGACGCCUUCCUGUCCACUGUGGAAGACCUGGAUCUGUCCUACAACAACCUGGAGGCACUGCCAUGGGAGGCCGUGGGUCAGAUGGUGAACUUGAACACCCUCACACUGGACCACAACCUCAUUGAUCAUAUUGCGGAGGGCACCUUCGUGCAGCUGCACAAACUCGUGCGCUUGGACAUGACCUCUAACCGUCUGCAUAAACUACCCCCCGACGGGCUCUUCCUGAGGUCCCAGGGUGGUGGGCCCAAGCCACCCACCCCACUGACCGUCAGCUUUGGUGGCAACCCAUUGCAUUGCAACUGUGAACUGCUCUGGCUGCGGCGCCUGACCAGGGAGGAUGACUUGGAGACAUGCGCCACACCUGAGCAUCUCACUGACCGCUACUUCUGGUCCAUUCCGGAGGAGGAAUUUCUAUGUGAGCCUCCGCUCAUCACGCGGCAGGCAGGGGGCAAGGCCCUGGUAGUAGAGGGCCAAGCUGUCAGUCUGCGCUGCCGGGCGGUGGGUGACCCUGAGCCCGUGGUGCAUUGGGUGGCACCUGAUGGGCGGCUGCUGGGGAACUCCAGCCGGACCCGGGUCCGUGGGGAUGGAACGCUGGAUGUGACCAUCACCACCUUGAGGGACAGCGGUACCUUCACUUGCAUAGCCUCCAAUGCUGCCGGGGAAGCUACCGCACCGGUGGAGGUAUGUGUAGUACCUCUACCAUUGAUGGCACCCCCGCCUGCUGCCCCGCCGCCUCUCACUGAGCCUGGUUCUUCUGACAUCGCCACACCGGGCCGACCUGGUGCCAACGACUCAGCCACUGAACGCCGACUUGUGGCUGCUGAACUCACCUCCAGCUCUGUGCUCAUCCGCUGGCCGGCCCAGAGGCCAGUGCCUGGCAUCCGCAUGUACCAAGUACAAUACAACAGCUCUGCGGAUGACUCUCUAGUCUACAGGAUGAUCCCUUCUACCAGCCAGACCUUCCUGGUGAAUGAUCUGGCAGCUGGCCGCGCCUAUGACUUGUGUGUGCUGGCAGUCUACGACGAUGGGGCUACCGCUCUGCCGGCUACCAGAGUGGUAGGCUGUGUGCAAUUCACCACGGCGGGAGAUCCCGCGCCAUGCCGCCCGCUGAGGGCCCACUUCUUGGGCGGCACCAUGAUCAUCGCCAUCGGGGGCGUCAUCGUAGCCUCGGUCCUCGUUUUCAUCGUUCUGCUCAUGAUUCGCUACAAGGUGUACGGCGAUGGGGACAGCCGUCGCCUCAAGGGCACGUCCAGGUCUCCCCCUCGGGUCAGCCACGUGUGCUCUCAGACCAACGGUGCAGGCUCCGGCGGGCAGCAGGCCUCCGCCCCACCAGCUCCUGACCGCUACGAGGCGCUGCGGGAGGUGGCUGUCCCUGCAGCCAUCGAGGCAAAGGUGACCGAGGCCGAGGCGACUUCCGCUGAGCUAGAGGUGGUGCUUGGACGCUCACUGGGUGGCUCUGCCACCUCGCUGUGCUUGCUGCCCUCCGAGGAAACUUCUGGGGAGGAAUCUAGGGCUGUGACAGGUCCUCGAAGGAGCCGUUCGGGGGCCUUAGGGCCUCCAACUUCAGCGCCCCCGACACUAGCUCUGGUUCCUGGGGGAGCCUCGGCCCGGCCGAGGCCGCAGCAACGCUAUUCCUUUGACGGGGACUACGGAGCGCUGUUCCAGAGUCACAGUUACCCGCGCCGCGCCCGGCGGACAAAGCGCCACCGGUCCACGCCACACCUGGACGGGGCCGGAGGGGGCGCGGCCGGGGAAGAUGGAGACCUGGGGCUGGGCUCCGCCAGGGCACGCCUGGCCUUCACCAGCACCGAAUGGAUGCUGGAGAGUACCGUGUGAGCGGCGGGCGCACGGGCACCGGGACGCCCGUGGGGCCGCACUUGGUAGCCCAGCCCGGCCGGAUGCAGGGAAGGCUGGAGAGAAGGGAUGCGCGAGGGGCGGGGCCGGCCGCGUCCGGGCUCGGGGGCGGGCCGCCGGCCUCUCCGACUCCACCCCUCUGCCCCGCCCCCCGCGCGCUCGCGGACCUUGCCGGAGCCGGUGCCUUACACAGCGAAGCGCGGGCAGGGGCGGGGCCCCCCCACACUGCAGCACUGAGACACGAGUCCCCUCCCCCACCCGGGACCCUGGGGCAGGGGCGAGGGGCCCAUUCCUUGUAUCUGGCUGGACUAGAUCUCUUUCUGCCCCGCGGCGGCCUCCAAAGCCUCCAGACCCCUCAACCCCAGCCCCCUCCCUGGUCCCACCUGGUCCGGUUUGGAGGGAGGGGCUCCUCUUUUCUC